GAUGGAGAGUCCGUCAAACCCUGUGUGAGACUACGCAUUUCCCUCAACAACCAGAAACCGUCGCGAAUCCGGCCGCCGAUUGGGCUCCGCCGCCAAUUCGACUCAGUCGACAAUCGUAAGAUCGCUCGAAACUUGACCUCCUUAAACUAAUUGAACGAUUGAAUUCCUCCUUUGUCGAGUUCAAUUCGUGUUUCGCUUGCCUAGAAUUUUGACCCAGGUUUCUUCAACUCGUAUGUGUAAUUCGGAUGUACAGACACAGUUACGAGUCCUUAGUGUUGCAGAUAAAUGGGGUUUCAGGAGUUUAAGGAUCCUUUUUCCGGUGAUUUACCUUGGCCCUGUUAUAGUGCUUAAAGCUGCCAGAGUUUCAGAGCUUCCUGUUUGAUUGGAUAAUAUAUUGGGUUGAAUAUGUUCUAAAACGAUCUGGUCAAAUGUAAAAUCCGUAAAGGAUCCAUAGAGAUGGAAGUGGUUUGUCUCAAUAGUGAGCCAGUGUUUGAUGAAGGUGAUGACUACGAAGAUGGAGACAGCUCCCUGAUGGGAAAUGAUACUGAAAUUGGUGAAACACAGUUAAAGAGGGCAUGCUCGCUGCCUACUGUAGGCCUGGAGUUUGAAUCUUUUGAUGAGGCAUAUGAUUUUUACAAUGUCUAUGCCAAGGAGCAAGGUUUUGGCAUCAGAGUCAGCAAUUCAUGGUUUAGAUCAAAGAGAAAAGAAAGAUAUAGGGCGAAACUUAGCUGCAGUAGUGCAGGGUUCAAGAAAAAGAGCACAGCAAACCAUCCCAGGCCAGAAACAAGGACUGGUUGUCCUGCCAUGGUUGUCAUUAAGCUUGUUGAAUCUAAAAGGUGGAGAAUAGUUGAAGUUGAACUUGGACACAAUCAUCCCGUGUGUCCAGACACUAAACGAUUUUACAAGUCCCACAAGAAGAUGAUGCUUGCAGCCCAAAAGGCCGAGCAGUCUGAACCUAUCAAGGAAAUACAUACCAUAAAGUUGUAUCGAACUUCUGCUGUGGAUGCUGUCUGUGAUGGAAAUUCUAGUAUUGAUGAAAGAGAAGGUAGAAAUCCAGCUAAUUACUCUAAGCAUCUGGAACUUAAAGAAGGAGAUGCACAUGCAGUUUACAACUACUUCUGUCGUAUGAAGUUGACAAAUCCAAAUUUCUUUUAUUUGAUGGAUCUUGACAGAGAAGGACGACUUAGAAAUGUAUUCUGGGCCGAUGCCAGAUCCAGGGCUGCAUAUGACUACUUCAGUGACACAAUUGCAAUAGACACGACAUGCCUGGCAAAUAAAUUUGAAAUCCCUCUUAUUUCAUUUGUUGGAGUAAACCAUCACGGGCAGUCCAUUUUGUUAGGUUGUGGCUUCCUUGGACAUGAAUCGGUGGACUAUUUUGUCUGGAUUUUCAGGGCUUGGCAUACAUGUAUGCUAGGACGUCCUCCACAGGUUAUUAUUACUGAUCAGUCUAAGCCUCUGCAAGAUGCAGUUUCAAUGGUCUUCCCAGGAGCACGUCAUUGUUAUUGUUUAUGGUACAUUAUGCAACGAGUUCCUGAGAAGUUGGGAGGACUGAAGGGCUUUGAAGCAAUCAAAAGACAAUUGAGUAAAGCAGUUUACGAUUCCUUAAAAGUAGCUGAAUUUGAAACUUAUUGGAGUGAUAUGAUUGAAAGACAUGGGCUUGGGGAUAAUAAAUGGCUCCAAGCUUUGUAUGAAGAUCGGCAAAGAUGGGUUCCAGUUUACUUAAAAGACAAAAAUGACAUUCCUUUUGCAGGAAUGGUACCUACCAAGGAAUGCGAGGGCUUGACUGCAUUUUUUGAUUGUCAUGUACAUAAGCAUACAUCAUUUAAGGAAUUUGUAGAUAAAUAUGAUUUAGCUCUCAUAAGGAAGCACCUCAAAGAAGCUAUGGGGGAUUUGGAGUCGAGAAAUUCAAGCUUUGAAUUGAAAACAAGAUGUAACUUUGAGUUGCAGCUCUCUAAGGUGUAUACCAAGGAAAUCUUCAAGAAGUUCCAAUAUGAGGUUGAGGGGAUGUACUCCUGCUUCAAUACCAGGCAGCUGAAUGCCUAUGGGCCAAUAGUAACGUAUAUUGUGAAAGAACGAAUUGAAGUUGAGGGGAGAGAGAAGGAGGUUAGGUAUUAUGAGGUUUUGUAUGAGACAACCCAAGUGGAUAUCCGCUGCAUUUGCAGUUUAUUCAACUUCAAAGGUUAUUUAUGCAGGCAUGCUUUAAAUGUCCUUAAUUACAAUGGUGUGGAAGAAAUCCCUUCGAGAUACAUUCUACCACGUUGGUGUAAGGAUUUUAAGCGCAGAUAUCCUCUUGAUAGUGGCACUGUUGAUAUUGAUGUAAAAAACCCAGUGCAGUGGUAUAAUAAUCUGUAUAGACGUGUCAUUCAAAUUGUGGAAGAAGGGUCACAGUCUCGAGAACAUUAUAAGGUUGCCUUGCGAGGAUUAGAGGAGUUGUGCAACAAGUUGGGUCUUGUAGACAACAACCUACUGUGAUGGUAACAUUAAUGUGCUCAGCACAUAUGUCUAGUAAUAAUAUUGCCUAAUUGUGUUAUAAUGAUGUUUGAUGGUUAUGCCCCUUUCAAUUUUGUUACUAUACCUCAAGGUAUAGUGGUUCCAAAUGCUGAUUGGGAACAUAUACAUGAUACAUCUGGUUAGGAGUUAUGCUAGUGGCAAAAGAUAGAAACUAGAUUUAAAGACUAUACCAUGUUAUAACAUCCUUCCAGCUAAUGAAAGUAGGGUGCAAGGGAUAUAGCUUGACCAAUUUUACUAGGAAAACAGUUGCGAAAAGAAGCAUUUCUUUGUUUCUAUUAUCAUCAUUUUGUAAUCCUGCACAAAACCUGUUUCUGAGCCAAUUCUUUUAGCGCAAGUUUGUGUAAAAUUGUCUUCCGAGUUUCUGGUAACACCCAUUUGUCCUAGUACCAAGUCCUAGUAACAUAAACAUUGAUGCGAUACUUGUUAAACUAUAGCCAGCAAUGUGAUACUUGUUAAAAUAUAGCCAGCAGUGAUCUGAUCAAUGCAGUUAUCAUUCAUAUAUCUUCAACAUAAUUGUUCUAUAUUUGUCUGCCUUCAUCAUUAUGUUGCUGUUAUUCCAUGAUUUGUGGACACAUGUUUGGCAUACUUUUCAACCUAUCAGCUUUCAGGUUGCCUACCUUAUGUUUGUAUUCCCAGAUUGGUGAUGUUCAAUUAUUCUGCUACUCCGCAUUAGCUUUCAAGGUGCUGCAUACUUUUCAAUUGUAAGGUUGCUAUAUUGUGAAGGAAAGGUCAUAGGUUUAAAUUGUGGAAAAAGCCUCUUUGCAAAAAGAAAGGAGAAGACUGCUUCCAAAUAGGAUCGUCCUCUGAGCUUUGAAAAGCAGGGGACUUAGCACACUGGGGUGCCCUUUUUUAAGCCCUACAGGAGCAAAAAGUUCCCUCAGCUCCCUGCAAUAGUUUCUUGCUGUCCUCUCUCAGAGGCUAAUAAUUGUUUGCUGUCUCACUUGAUGCGACCUUUGAAUUUAUUUUCUUGUUCUUUUUCUAACCCUCUUUUCUUCAUUGACCAAUUCAUUAUAUUGGGAGAGACUGAUGGAGAAGAGCAAAAGAGUGAAACAUAGUGUCAUAUGAACCCCAGGUGACAUCGAGCUAGUUGCAGUUGGAGGGUCAAGCAUUGUGGAUGCUGAGUCAUGAGGAAACAGGGCAGAUCCGAGAGAUUUAGUAAGUCAGUCUGAGAACCCUUUCUUCUUCUUCUUCUUCUUCUCGCUUGGGAGUUGAACUUAUGGACUGGUCCUGGUUUUAGGUAUCUAUUCAGUGGAUAUAUUUAGCAGUUAUGUAGCUCUCCAUAAGCUGGGGCGUGAUUCUUCUUCUGGCUCUAGGUACCUUGUAAUCCUUGACAGGGAGCAGUUGUUUCACAGAAUUGAACAAUAUGAUCAGAGUAAGAAUGUCUUCAAAGCACCA